GCGGCGCGGGGCGCUGCGCGGCCUCGGGGUGCCUAGGCGCGGGCGGCGCGGCCGGCCGGGGCGCAGCGGCAGGAUGAACAGCAUCAAGAACGUGCCGGCGCGGGUGCUGAGCCGCAGGCCGGGCCACAGCCUGGAGGCCGAGCGCGAGCAGUUCGACAAGACGCAGGCCAUCAGCAUCAGCAAGGCCAUCAACACGCAGGAGGGUCCGGUGAAGGAGAAGCACGCCCGGCGCAUCAUCCUGGGCACGCACCAUGAGAAGGGCGCCUUCACCUUCUGGGCCUACGCCAUCGGCCUGCCGCUCCCCAGCAGCUCCGUCCUCAGCUGGAAGUUCUGCCACGUGCUCCACAAGGUCCUUCGGGACGGGCACCCCAAUGUGCUGCAGGACUGCCAGCGGUACCGGAGCAACAUCCGGGAGAUCGGGGACCUGUGGGCCCAUCUGCACGACCGCUACGGGCAGCUGGUCAGCGUCUACACCAAGCUGCUGCUUACCAAGAUCUCCUUCCACACCAAGCACCCCCAGUUUCCCGCGGGCCUGGAGGUGACGGAUGAGGUGCUGGAGAAGGCGGCGGGAACUGACGUCAACAACAUCUUCCAGCUCACUGUGGAGAUGUUCGACUACAUGGACGCCGAGCUGAAGCUUUCCGAGUCAGUGUUCCGGCAGCUGAACACGUCCAUCGCGGUGUCACAGAUGUCGUCGGGCCAGUGCCGGCUGGCGCCGCUGAUCCAGGUCAUCCAGGACUGCAGCCACCUGUACCACUACACGGUCAAGCUGCUGUUCCAGCUGCACUCGUGCCUCCCGGCGGACACGCUGCAGGGCCACAGGGACCGGUUCCACGAGCAGUUCCACAGUCUCAGGAGCUUCUUCCGGAGGGCCUCGGACAUGCUCUACUUCAAGCGGCUCAUCCAGAUCCCGCGGCUGCCGGAGGCGCCCCCCAACUUCCUGCGGGCCUCGGCUCUGGCCGAGCACAUCAAGCCGGUGGUGGUGAUCCCCGAGGAGGCGCCCGAGGACGAGGAGCCCGAGAACCUCAUCGAGAUCAGCACGGGGCCCCCUGCCGGGGAGCCGGCGGUGGUGGCGGACCUGUUUGACCAGACGUUCGGACCCCCCAAUGGCACAGUGAAGGAUGACAGGGACCUGCAGAUCGAGACCCUGAAGAGGGAGGUGGAGACGCUGCGGGCUGAGCUGGAGAAAAUCAAGCUGGAGGCCCAGCGGUACAUCGGGCAGCUGAAGGGGCAGGUGAACGCGCUGGAGGCGGAGCUGGAGGAGCAGCGGAAGCAGAAGCAGAAGGCGCUGGUGGACAACGAGCAGCUGCUGCACGAGCUGGGCCAGCUGCGGGCGGCGCAGCAGGAGGGCGCGCGCCACCAGGGCCUGCGGGAGGAGGCUGAGAAGCGGGCCAGUGCCACGGAGCUGCGCUACACGAAGCUGAAGGAGAAGCACAGCGAGCUCAUCCGCACGCACGCCGAGCUGCUCCGGAAGAACGCGGACACGGCCAAGCAGCUGACGGUGACCCAGCAGAGCCAGGAGGAGGUGGCGCGCGUGAAGGAGCAGCUGGCCUUCCAGAUGGAGCAGGCGCGGCGGGAGUCCGAAAUGAAGCUGGAGGAGCAGAGUGACCAGCUGGAGCAGCUGCAGCGGGCACUGGAGGCCAAGACUGGCGAGCUGGCGCACGCACAGGCGGAGCUCAGCCGCACAGCACAGAGCGGGGCAGAGCUGAGCUCGCGGCUGGACGCGCUGAGCGCAGAGAAGGAGGCGCUGAGCAGCGCGGCGCGGCAGCGGGAGGCCGACCUGGAGGAGGCGCGGAGCCUGGUGCGCGAGAAGGAGGCGGCGCUGAGCCAGGAGCGCGCCGAGCUGCAGGGCCGGCUGGCACGCCAGGAGACCCAGGAGCGGGACCUGCAGCAGCGGCUCCUGGACGAGCAGUUCGCGGUGCUGCGGGAAACGGCCGCGGAGGCCGAGCGCAUCCUGCAGGAUGCGGUGGCCAAGCUGGACGACCCCCUGCACCUGCGCUGCACCAGCCCCCCAGAUUACCUGGUGAGCCGAGCGCAGGCGGCGCUGGACGCCGUGAGUGGCGUGGAGAGCGGCCACGCCCGUUACCUGGAGUCCCGGGCAGAUGCCUCCGCGCUGGUGGCCGCCCUCGCCCAGUUCUCCCACCUGACUGCAGACGCCAUCGUCAACGGCAGCGCCACCGCGCACCUGGCGCCCACCGACCCCGCCGACCGCCUGGUGGACGCGUGCCGGCAGUGUGGUGCCCGCGCGCUGGAGCUCACGCGGCAGCUGCAGGACCCGCACGUGCUGGCGCACGCCCAGCCCGGCCUGGUGCGGGAACCGCUGCGGGGCCUUCUGCAGCUGGGCCAGGAGCUGAAGCCCCGGAGUCUGGACGUGCGGCAGGAGGAGCUGGGGGCCGUGGUGGACAAGGAGAUGGCGGCCACGUCCGCGGCCAUCGAGGACGCUGUCCGCAGGAUCGAGGACAUGAUGAACCAGGCGCGCCACGCCAGCUCGGGGGUGAAGCUGGAGGUGAAUGAGAGGAUCCUCAACUCCUGCACUGACCUGAUGAAGGCCAUCCGGCUGCUGGUCAUGACGUCCACCAGCCUGCAGAAGGAAAUCGUGGAGAGCGGGCGGGGGGCAGCCACGCAACAGGAAUUUUACGCCAAAAACUCCCGGUGGACCGAAGGGCUCAUCUCCGCCGCCAAGGCCGUGGGCUGGGGAGCCACGCAGCUGGUGGAGUCCGCGGACAGGGUGGUGCUGCACACGGGCAAGUACGAGGAGCUCAUCGUGUGCUCGCACGAGAUCGCGGCCAGCACGGCCCAGCUGGUGGCCGCCUCCAAGGUGAAGGCCGACAAGCAGAGCGCACACCUGAGCCGCCUGCAGGAGUGCUCCCGGGCCGUGAACGAGCGGGCCGCGGGCGUGGUGGCCUCCACCAAGUCGGGCCAGGAGCAGAUCGAGGACCGAGACGCCAUGGACUUCUCGGGCCUGUCCCUCAUCAAGCUGAAGAAGCAAGAGAUGGAGACCCAGGUGCGGGUCCUGGAACUGGAGCAGACCCUGGAGGCCGAGCGCAUGAAGCUGGGGGAGCUCCGCAAGCAGCACUACGCGCUGGCCGGGGCCGGGGCGCCGCCGGAGGAGGAAGCCGGCAGGCCCAGUGCCGCCCCACGGGGCACCUCCAGGAAACCCCCCGUGGCGCAGAAGCCCAGCGUGGGACCCAGGCAGGACCACUAGGUGCCACAGCUCGACAGGAAGGACAGCCCCCCUGGGCCCUCGAGGGGCCCCACGCAGCGGCUUGUGAGGGGCCAUCGCCAGGGGCCCAGCCUUCCGGAGGAAGGAAGCUGGGGUGGACCCAGAUGGACCCGGCACAGGCUGUUCCGGACAGCCACAAGCUGAGCGCGCAGCAGGCCCGUGGCCGGGCCCCAGCUCAUGAGAAAUACAGGAGUUUCGGGAACAA